GAAGGAAGGAGGGAGAGAGAGAGAGAGGAGGAGGAGGGAGAGGGAGGCAGAGGCGCUCGGGCUCAGGGCUCUGCCUGGACCUCACCCUCAGACUCUGCGGUUGCCGGGCACCCAGCCUGAUUACUUGGGGAUAACUGUGAGUGGACUUAGCUGGUAAAUCAGAGGCUCAGUUCCAAUGCUCCAGGAGAACAAGCUCUUAAGAGGAGCCCCCCGGCAACAGCGGUGGCAGCACUGAUUCCAUUGGGGAUGCCAAGAACCGCACCCACAUUUUUCAGUUUGUGCUGCCUGUGGGCUCAACACCUUCAGGACCAUGUUUGAUGGGGAGCCGGGCACAGGCCCAGCAGCGGCCUCCCGGAAUGUGGUUCGCAGUUCCAGCAUCAGUGGCGAGGUGUUUGGUGGUGGCGGGGAGCAGGCCGGGGGCACAACUGGAGCCAGCACUGCCAAGAAGCGCCGCAGCAGCCUGGGGGCCAAGAUGGCAGCCAUCGUGGGCUUGACCCAGAGAAGCCGGAGCUCCCUCCAACUGCCCCAGCCAGAAGGUGGAACAAAGAAACUCCCGAGCAACAUUCGGCGGAGCACAGAGACCGGCAUUGCCGUGGAAAUGAGAAGCAGGGUCACACGUCAAGGGAGCCGAGAAUCCACCGACGGCAGCACCAACAGCAACAGCUCCGAUGGCACGUUCAUCUUCCCCACCGCCAGGCUCGGCGAGAGCCACUUCAGUGACUUCCUGGAUGGCCUGGGGCCAGCCCAGAUUGUGGGGAGACAGACACUGGGGACGCCCCCGAUGGGGGAUGUUCAUAUUGCGAUGAUGGACCGGAGCGGCCAGCUUGAGGUGGAAGUGAUAGAGGCCCGAGGCCUGACCCCCAAAUUGGGCUCCAAGUCCCUCCCAGCCACUUACAUCAAGGUUUACCUGCUCGAGAAUGGGGUCUGCUUGGCCAAAAAGAAGACGAGAGUGGCCAAGAAGACAUGUGAUCCCCUGUAUCAUCAGGCCCUGCUCUUUGAUGAGGGUCCCCAGGGAAAGGUGCUGCAGGUGAUUGUCUGGGGAGACUAUGGGCGCAUGGACCACAAGUGUUUCAUGGGAAUGGCCCAGAUUGUGCUAGAAGAGCUGGACUUGAGCAACGUGGUCACUGGCUGGUACAAACUCUUCCCCACAUCUUCUGUGGCCGACUCUACCUUGGGGGCCCUCACCCGGCGUCUCUCCCAAUCUUCCCUCGAGAGCUCCACCAGCCCCUCGUGCUCCUAGGAAGAUGGGGACCUGGACCACAGGAAGGGGAGGUCGGCGAUGGGGGGCCAGGGUGUGUGUGUGGGGAGGGAUGUGGGUUGGCCUCCUUGCCCUCACCCAGGUGGCUCACUGUACAUAGAAUCUCGCCAUCUCUUCCUAGAACAACUUCCUCAUGCUCUACUGGCCUACAGAUUUUGCUGUCUGGGCCAUCUCAGCAGGCAGGAGCAGACUCCUGUGUGUAUGUGUGUGUGUGUGUGUGUGUAUGUGUACAUUUCUGGGUAUCUAUGUGUGUGGACACAAUCCAUGUACAUGUAUAUAUCUAUGUGUACAUGUUUCAGUAUACCUAUAUGUAUAUGUGUCUGUUUUUACAUUUCUAUGUAUGCACAUGUAUCCAGUCCAAGUACAUAUAUAUGGGUAUAUGUCCAGAGUUAAAGAGACCAGGCCAUGUCCUGCAUAUCCAGACCCAGCGAAUGCAACGGUCCAUCCCCCAUGUCAUCAUGUCUCUUGGCUAAAGAGCCAGAGUUCCGUUUGUGCUGUCUUUCCCGAGGGUCUCUGAGGAGGGGGACUGUUCCGCCGUCUGUCCAUCCGCCUGACUCCAUUGCUUGUGAUGUGAGCAUCCUCAGUUUCCCUUCCACUGUGCUGUUUUCCCACCUGUUUUUCCUUCUAGGAAAAGACCUGACCAAAUGAACUCUCUUCAGCACUGUCGGCCCAGCCCUCCCUUCUGGGAAUGUAGCACCCGAUGUAGCCUGCCGCAGGCAGACCUCACCCUUGCUGCAGCCCUGCUGGGGCGUCCUCCCCGACCAGGAGCCUCUGCCCCCUCUUUGAGCAUCUUCCCUCAGCACUGGCACCUCAUUCAAUGCAUCUUGUAGCAUGUAGCACGUGCAUUGGGCAAGGCUCCCGAGGAAAGAAGGGGCCUGGAGCGCUUCAGAAGCCAAGUAUUACGCCUCUGUGGAUGGUCCCGGAUCCAUCACUUGCCCUCCUUGCAUGUGAAACAUCCUCCAUUCCCGAGUGGCUGCCAGGAGAUGCCAAGGGUCUUUCAUGGCUGUCCCAAAACAGCAAACAAGCCCCACUACGCGCUCUGAUCCCCCCUCUCGACUCAGGAGGAGACUGUCCACCUGGGGCCUUGGCUAAUGGCCAGAGAACAGCUUCUCCAAGAAUGGCUUUGAGCCCAUCAGAAGAGUGAUGUCCAGCUGCCCACCUUGAGCUGCGGCUCAGAAGGACACGGCCAGUCCCCCCAUGAUCUUGGAGGGGGAUCAUUCCUGAAGAAAACCCUUUAGUUCUGUGGGUGACUCAGGCGACUGCUGACAUCAGAAUCUGGGUUUGGAAGUGUUUCCACCAAAGAUAAGAGCAAAGCCCAAGGGGGGCCCCCAUCUAUUCAGUUCUCUGGCACUAAGCCCCUCCUAUUUUGUGCCUGACUGUCUCCAGCACUUGCGCCUCUUGUCUCUGAGGAUCUCCUCAGGGAAGGGGGUCCUCGACUCUUCUCCCAGGAGUGAAGCAACUCAGUUCUCACCCUGGACCCCUAGGACUACCAAGACCACCAAUUCUUUAGCAAGCAAUAUGUAUCACUCCACAAGUCCUUGUCUCUUUUGACCCCCUGCUACUCCCUAAUGGAUUCUGGCCAGAGCUUAUCCAGGAAGAUAUUUGUGUGUCUGGGAGGGAUGCAGGCUAGCUCUGAGCAAAGCGUCCAGACUUCUAUGGAGAACAAAGCUGUGCUUGAAUCAUAGGACCUUAGAAAAGCCCUUGCACUUUUGGAUGCCAUCUAGCCGCAGGCACCUUGCUCAUUUACUUGGGGAAGAUGGUCCGGAAUAAGUGAAGUGCUUGGAACAUAGGAACAAGCCCCACCCCACCCCACCCACCCCAACUGUGCUGGGUCUCAUAAGAUCACUACUGGGUGAUCUGCUGCCUCAGGAUCCAGUCUUGGGAAUGUUUGACGAGUCCUUGCAAGGUUUUCUCUGGGCUGGAGGCUAAGCAUUUAUCUGAUUGAAAGAAUAUAAGGCAGACCCAGGGCAGCAGGAACAGGUCACCUUCCUUGUGGUCUGUAGCUUUGAAGCUUUAUUCCAGGGAAUUUCCCUUUCUUGGCUUAGGAAGACAAGGAAGGUCUAUGUUCUUCAACAGGUGAAGGGGAAAUGGAGUUAAGGAUGGUGUUUGAGAGCAGCUAGGGGAAGGGUUCUGACUGCUUUGGGCCAAACUUUUCCCAAAGCAGAGCAAAAGGCCAUCAGAGGCUCCAGUGGUACCCUUCAACAGGGGACCUAGAUAGGCCCAAGAAUCACAAGGAACAAUUGAUGUCUAUAACACUUGAACUCUGGCCAGAUGUCCUGAUAGUGGAAGAGAGUGUGUGUGUGUGUGUGUGUGUGUGUGUGUGUGCGCGCACUUGGGCACACACAUAUGCUGUCAGAUGCAGGUGGCAAGGGCAAAGAGAAGGAAUGUUUUCAGACAAUCCUAGAGCUUUGCCAGCCAGACUGAAGAAUGGGAGCCCCCAGUAAGGACAAAACCAUUCGUACCCUGCUAAAUAAGACGAGCUCUUCCCCUCUCUCCCGAGGGCUGGAGAAGGGGCUGGGAUGAUGCUUUUUUGUCCCAUGUCAAAGACGGUUCGAGGGUGGUCUUGUCACAAGUAGUUAAUGUCCUUACUCUGGUCACUAAUAGGUGGUGCAGUGAAGGGAUGUCUUUUUCUCAGACAAGCACAGUCUGUUCCAAGUUCUCACCAUCCCUUUUGGAUUCUCCCAAGACCCUUUGGUCAAUUUGGGGUGGUAUACUCACAGCCUGCAGUCACCUAGGGCCAAUCGGGUGGUGAUGCCAGUUGAUGACCUUGGUAGUCUUUGGGUGCAGCUGGCGCGGCCAUCAUUAGAGCGGGUACCCCUCGGGAGGUACUGCCUGGGAUCAGUGCCAACCUGGGGAUGGAUAGGGAAAGGCCCACAUUUAAGGAAGGAUGCUGACUACCUGGAAUCCAAAAGGAGAGUGAUCAGGAUGGAGGGGACGUAUAAUAUCCAUUAGAAGACUGACAAAAGGAACUGGAGUAAUUUGGUUUGAAGAAGAUUGGGGGGAUGGAGGGAAGGAGGAAUUGGGUCCGUAGCCUGCUAGAUCUCAAGAGAGCAGCACUAGGACCAGGGAGGCAGGUUUCCAUGGGAGAAGGAGAGAGAUUAUGGCCAAAUCAUCUUGGCUUUAAAGUCAGCUCCUUUAACCAUGGCUGUGCCUCUGCUGCCUGUAAGGUGAUAAAUCAGAGUGGCUUCACAUGGCAUGGGCUCCCCAUGGGAGUGGGUCAGUGGAAGCCAUAGGAUCUAUACCUGGAAAGGACCUUAGAGAUCAUCUCAAAUGAAGUCUGGGUCACCAGACACGAGAUAAUCUCUGGACCGGAUGACUUCUGAGGUUCCCUCCAGCUAGGUGGGAGCUGGGGGGUAGGGGAGUGGGCAGUGCACAGGAAGUGUGUGAUCGCACCCAGAGCUGAGACUUCUAGGACAGUGUGGUCACGGGCUAGGGCCCUCCUGAAGCCUAAUGUGUUCACAUUCAGAGCCGUUAUUCACAAGUGCUGGCCUUGGGUGGGCCGGAGGUCCCGGAAGGGGUGGUGCUGAGGAGGGGUCAGCCAGGAUGCCAGGUCCUUGCUCCACAGCCACCUGAAGUCUGGCCCUUACCAGACUCGGUCAGUUUUCCAUUUCUUAGUGCCUGGAAUAAAGGCCCCAUGGGAGGUGGGUCUGUGUUCCCAUCAACCAAUCCUCUGAUGAAAGGGCAACCACCCUUUUUUCUUGGAAACCCAUUCAUAUUAACCACCUGCACAGUGUAACUUGUUUUCUCAAGAGUGUGUGAGAACUUGGGGUCAUUCUGCACCUUCGUGUACCUGUGUGUAUACCUGUGUGGCGUGUAGAUGGUCUGUAGAGGCAAACAGAUGUUGCUUGUGGAUGUUUGUAGCAUCAACGUGGGGGUUCUAAACUUUAUAGCAAGUACCGAUCAGGGAGGCCUCCGUGCAGGCUGUCCCAUCUGUGAGGGGCGCAGAGACAUCCAGACCUCAUGUCCACUGCCUAGGGGCCAGAUGUGGCUGGCGUGGCUCCAGCCUGGGGCGGCCCUCCGGAUCUUCCCCUUGUAGUCUUAAGGAAGUGGGACCUUUUGAGAAGGGGUAGGAAGCAGGCAUUGCCUCUGCUCUCUCGUCACAACAACCAGUGUUGUGAGCCCAUGAGCUGGUUGGCCAAAUGUCAUCACAGGCAAGAGGAAGGAGCUAGUCCCGGGGUCUGUGCAUGGACACGGCUUGGUCUGGACUUCCAUUCCUUUGUCCGGCCACAGCCCAGGAUUGGAAGGAGGCAGGAGCCCCAUGGCAGAGCCUGGAGAUAGGCAAGUGCCUAGGGGUGUGUCUUUUAGGAGAGGGUAUUGGAUAGCUGUGAAAUCGGAUACACUUAGGACAAGAGGUGAGCCUCUUACAAAGGAGGUCAGCAGAAUGUUGGCUUGGGUAGCUAAGGAGUUAUUUCUUGAGGCAACAUCGCCAUAAAAAUUGAAGACCCUGUCCUGAAUCCCCAGGUUUCCGUGAAUAUUUUUGUUGGGUUGGAGGGGAUAGCUUUAAAAAUGUCAGAUGGCUCUCAGGAAUGACUUUGGAAGAAGCAGCAAACUCUAUUCUGAGGGAAAGCAGGGGUCCCUUGAGGGAAAUCUACAAAAAGAAGCACAGCUGGAAAAGAUGGGGGCAGGUUCUCCUUGGAACUCUGGUUGAGACCAUUUCCAGGACGCUUAAUCCUCCCCGUCCUACCCAUUUCAAUUUGGAGAAUGGAAUAUACUGAUCAUCUCUUGGCGUCUGGCUCACGUCCUGGGGAAUGCUGGCAUUUCUCAGGGGCAAGGCCUGGAAACCGGGUCCUCCAUGGAGCGGAAACCCUGUAGCUCAUUCACCCCGGACUCACUGGGGCUGAUGGGCUGGACUUGCUGCUCCCGGGAAACCCCAGUAAGCAGAGAGCUGCUUGCGGUGCGGAGGAAGCAGACGGAGGGUCUGGAGGCCCGCGCUUCCGAGCAGAGUCCUCUGGAAACGAGAUGUAGCACAAGCGGCCAGAAGCAAUGCUGCGAGCCCCGUGGUCCCGCCGGGGUCUUCUCCACCUCUCCGCUGGCCCCCUCCCACCGAGGCUCUCUGCGUAUCAGGAUACCUCACCUUUUUCUAAGCAAAGAUGGCGGCGCGGCUUGGGCCCGGCUGUUCUACUGCCUCCAUCAUCCUGUCUGUGUCUUGCAGCCGGGGACGGAAGCCACGGGGACGCGGCGCUGGGCCGAGCUCAGCGGCCGCCUCAGGCUUUCGGGAAGGUGACCCAGCGAGCCGGGGAGCGUUCUGUGGCGUUGUCCAAAGCCCGGGACCGGGAGGAAAUGUCCCCAGCGCCGUUGUCGCCAUCUCCUUUCAGAGCUUAUCUUCCUUGGCGCAAUGGAAGGAGACACUACUCUGUGCCUCAGCGAUGUUCCUCAGUCCGAGAAGGAGAUGGGGCAUCCAUCUUUGUCGGCCUCUCUGUUGCUCUCUGCGACGCCCCUCCCUUCCCCUUCAUGUCUGUAUGUUUCCAUUUCAAAGAGAAUGGAAAAAAGCAAAAAAAAAAUUUCUGCAAAGAAUCACGUGCUGCAUCCGAAAA